AUGGACUCGCAAAAUCAAAGCCAAGAACCUAACUCCCAGGGUCAUACUGGACUCGAACAGUUACAGGAGUUUGUGGCCCUUUGCGAUACACAGCCCAUCCUUAUGGAUCAUCCCCAUUUUACGCCUCAGUCCACUGAUACUAAUUUUAAUAGUAUAGGUGAAGAGAAACAAAGCGCGGAUAAAUCCCCCCUGAAAAAUGCUGAUUCAGUCAAAGCUCCGACAGUCCAGUGCUCCGAAGCAUCAACUCUCAAUAGACUAUGGGAAGAGCCCGGAGUAGAUCUGAGAGAAAUAACAGUCACGGCAGAGGAGCGGGAGCUAUACUCUGUAAACAGAGACGGUCUCGCUAGCAUGGCUACUGGUCCUACUUGCUCUGUCUGUGAGGAACCCUUGAACUUUGAGUCGUUGUGUCAGGGUCUGACUUGCAAUGGUUGCGUAAGGCCAUAG